AAAAAAAAAGGCUGUGCUAUGCCCAUGGACAAGUUAACAAUAAUAAUUUCAAUAAAGUUUAAACAUAAAAAAAUAAAUAUAUUAACUUAAAAAAUUAAGUAUUAAUGCAAUUAAGUAAUUUUAAUAAUUAAUUAAACAAUGUUGAAUCGACUGACAUUUACCGGAAGAACAAUUUUAAGUUGUCUUCUUUUGUUGCUUUGUUUAUUGUCAUUUUUAUCAAUACUUUAUCGUCCAGACUGGACUUUAACAAGUCCCAAAAAUUUAAGUUUAUAUAUUAAACCAAAUGAAAAUACAACAAUAAUCAGUCCAAAUGAAAAUCAUCAUUGUAAAUCAUCUCCAUAUUUAUACAUAAUAAUAUGCUCCAGUGUAAAUAAUCAAGAUCAAAGAAAUGCCAUCAGAAAUACAUGGGGCAGUAGUCAACAUCUUGAAGCUUUAAAUUAUUCUGUAAAAAUUAAUUUUAUUCUAGGUCAUAGUGAAAUAAAUCAUGACAAUGAUUUAGUGUCAAUUGAAGCUGAUAAAUAUGGUGAUAUAAUACAAGAAAAUUUCCAUGACUCUUAUAAUAAUUUAACAAUAAAAGUUGGUAUGAUACUAAAGUGGGUCAAUAAAAACUGCAAAGGAAUAAAAUAUUUAAUGAAAACAGAUGAUGAUAUGUUUGUUAAUAUUGAUAAUUUAUUAACAGCAUUGUCAUCAAAGCCACAUGAUACAAAUAUACUUAUUGGACAUUUAGUUGAAAAUCAAAUUCCAAUAAGAGACUCUAGUAACAUAUGGUACACACCAAGAUCAAUGUAUCAUCAUGACAAAUUUCCAGAUUUUGUAUCUGGUACUGGUUAUGUUAUGAGUAUUGAUGUUGCAAUUAAAAUUUAUAAUGCAUCACUUAAAAUACCAUUUAUUUUUCUUGAGGAUGUUUAUUUUACUGGAAUAUGUGCUGAUAAUGUUGGUGUUAAACCAGCACAUCAAUUAGGAUUUAGUUUUGAACCACGUAGAGGAGAUAUAAAUAUAUCUAAUAAUUCAAUAACAUCACAUCAAGUUACUGUCAAUAUGAUGCAUGCAAUAUGGAACAUGUCACAUCAUGGUUAUACUAAUUAUAAAAAAACAGACUGAUCAUUUUUAAACACAUAAAUUUCCAUGUAACAAAGAAAAAUUAAUAGUUAAUAAAUUAUUUAUAUACUGUAUA